AUGAAAAAAAGACCUAGAUUCGAUUACAGUUCGUUCCAUACUCCCGAUCCGGAGAUGCAAGAUUGGGAUCCCAUCCUCGAUUCAAGUGGCACACUGCUCUACGAAAAUGUUUGGGGCAAUCUUCUACGUCGAAUAAUUACCGACAACGAUGUGACGACACUGAAGCACUACAUCGAAAAGCAUCCCAAGCACAUCUUUUGGCCGGGCGAAUGUGGGGACUCAGAUGACACGAUCUGUGUUGCUGCGUCAAGUGGAAGUGUUGACGCUAUGCGUGUUAUGAUUGAUCAUUAUCAUACAGAUCCCGAUUUUCAUGCAAAUCCCACGCAGAGCAAAUGCCAUAGGCCUCCAAAUUUCUCGGCGUUGGAGUCUGCGUGUAGUUCUGGCCGUUUUGACAUGGUCAAGUAUUUGCUUGACGAUGAUCCUUUACGCGACACAGUAUAUGCUAAAGAGUACCCCAGUGGAAAGGCCCUGCUGGCGGCGGCAGAUUCCCUGGUGCAUUUGAGCUGGUGCAGAGAUGAGGAACCAGAGUGGCUACGUGAGUGGAUUGACGAGAGCGAGGCUUUGAUUAACAUGCUCCUUGACCGAGGCGCAUCCGUCCGUGACGCAAUUCAGUUCUACCAACAGAACGACGUUAAGGACAGAGAUCAAGUUUUGAGAACCGUGCUUGGGAAUUCUAUUACUCGUGCAAGCGCCAAGUUGAUAUCCCGUCUCAUCGCCGAAGGGGCAGAUGUUCAUGCUCGACAAUGGUGGAACGAUUAUUUUAGAUUCGACGAGGCUGAUCAAACGACGGCUUUACAUAUAGGCAGUCUCUACUGGAAUCUUGAGGGACUUAAAGUGCUGCUAGACAAUCGCGGAGAAAUCGACCUUGCAGAAAUGGUAUCUGUGCGCAAUAGUCGUGGAUGUCUUCCCAUACAUUGGGCAGCCGGGGGCUUUGAAGGUUCAUACAGCGGUCAUGUCUGUGACGCAGAAGACUCUGCUCGCUGCAUAGGUAUUUUGAGGCUGCUUAUAGAGAGCAAUCCCGACACAAUCAACGUCCAAGACGAAGAAGGCAAGACCGCUCUAUUUUAUGUUUUGGACCAUGCGAUAUACCGGGCUUCAUGUCGUUGUCUCGAGGAGGUGGUUCGAUUCCUGUGUGAGCACGGGGCGGAUGCUGCGAUAAAAGAUCCAAAGGGACAAAGUGUCUUUCAUCAUAUAGGCACGAUGGGUGGCAUUGUAGGAAGUUCACCCAUCAAUSGAGCCAUACUGGAUCUCUUAGUGGCGCAUGGAGGCAGAAUCAACGACGCUGACGAGGAAGGCGAUACUGCUCUACACGUUUUGACCAGAUGGCAGGGUAAAUGGUUGAAAAGAACCCACCCAAAUCAAGAAAGAUACACAAAGCAGAUGGAGAUGUAUAACACAAUGGUCAAAUAUUUUCUAGAGAUUGGAGGCUCGAUGGAACAGCGAAAUAAAGCUGGUGAGACACCACAGGAGCUAUUGGAUGAUGGUUAUCGAAACGAGGGUAAAGAGAAGCCUGUCCCCAAAACUCUUAGAGGACGCGGCCGUGGCCAGUUACGAUAA